GUCAUUUUUAUCCUGUGGCUCUGCGUGCGUAUUCUCAGGUCAUAACUUCGGAUAGCUUGAGUUACACCAAAAACAUGGCGAAAAAGAAGAAUCCACAGGUUUUUAUGGAUGUAUCCAUUGAUGGAGACCCAGCUGAGACUAUGGUUUUUGAGCUUUUCCCUGAAGUCGCUCCCAAAACAUCAGAGAAUUUCCGUGCACUAUGCACAGGGGAGAAAGGCAUUGGAUCCAGAAGUGGAAAACCUUUGCAUUACAAAGGAUCCUUUUUCCAUAGAAUACUGCAAGGUUCCUCAGCACAGGAUACAGGUCUGAUCGCCACACCUGCUUUUCAUGCUGGUGACUUUGUGAAUCGAGAUGGUACUGCUGGGGAAAGCAUAUAUGCCGGAAAAUUUCCAGAUGAGUCACCAAAACUAAGGCAUGAAGAGCCUGGUCUUUUAUCAAUGUCUGUUGCUGACCGUGACAAGUUCGGAUCACACUUUCAUAUUACCUUCAGGCCAAAUCAGCAGCUUGAUAGAAAUAAUGUUGUUUUCGGAAAGCUAAUUCAAGGGAAAGAGUUACUAAAAAAAAUUGAACGUGUGGGGGAUGAGGAAGGUAAACCUACUGUCACCGUGAAGAUAAUCCGUUGUGGAGAAUAUUCUGGAGAUAAGAAGAAAAGUGAUGGUCGAAAAAAUGCAAAGCACAAGAAGUAUUCAAGAGAGAGAAGAAAGAAGAGGCGAAGACACUCUUCAUCUGAGUCUGAGAGCUCUUCAGAUUCUGAGGCAGAUUCCUCAGAAUCUGAUAGUGAGUCAGAUUCAGAUUUGUCUUCACCUUCCGACCUUAGUUCCCCGAGCCAUGAAAGGCAGAAGAAGAGAAAAAGAAGUUCAAAGAAAGACAAGCACAGGCGGUCUAAACGGAGAGAUAAGCGCCAUGAGAAAAAGCGGAGGAUCCAUGAUAAGAGAUCAAAACGCAAAUCAAGAAGGUCCCCAGACAGUCUUACAGGUGAAGACAGUAAUAGUGGAAGUGAAGCAAGUCUUAGUGAUGACAAUGUUGAAAUUGGAGCAAAAAAGAGGAAACCCAGAGUCUCUCGUAGAACAGGUAAUUCUGCACCAGCGGUGGAAAAAGGAGCUGAACCACUUCACCAGGGCAAAAGGGAGGGACCAGAUUUGCUUGAAAACAGAAGGCUGAGAAGUAAUGGAAUUUCAGAUGCUGCGUCAGAACAAAUUUCUGAUAGGCAACCUGAUAUUGUUGAUGAUCAUCCUAGUAAAUCUAGGAGCCGGAGCUUGAGUCCUAAGAGGACAGUGAGUAAGAGUAUGAGUGUUAGUCCCCGGAGGAGUCAGAGUAAGAGCCCGAGUUCAAGUCCUAGACGGAAUGGGGGCAGAAGUCCUGCUAAAGGUAGCCGCCAAGUGAAGAACUUGACAAACAGUAGAAGAGAAAGCCCAGGGAGUGAGGAAAAGGGCAGGCAUGUUAGAAGGAGCCCAACCAAAAGUGUUAGUAGAAGUCCAGUGCGGAUGAAAAGGGAAAGAGAUAUUAGUAGAAGUCCAGUGCGGGAAAGAGAUAUUAGUAGAAGUCCUUCAAAGAGUUUAAGCAGAAGUCCAUUGAGGAGCCCCAAAAGGGUCAUCAGCAGAAGUCCAGUGAGAGGUAGGAUUGCCAGAAGCCCUUGCAGGAGUCCUGUAAGAUCUGCAUCUCGUGGAAGCCUUGGGAGGGGCCCACUAAGAAGAUCAUCAAGAAGAAGAAGUUUGUCAAGAAGUGCUUCUCCUGAUGGGCGCAUAAGGAGAGGGAGAGGAUUUAGCCAGAGAUUCUCAUACGCCCGUAGAUACAGAAAUAGUCGAUCUCCUUAUCGCUUUAGUGAUAGGAGCGACCAUGACAGAUUUCGAAGUCACAGAAGGUUCUCGCCAAGACGGUUUAGAAGCCCACUAAGAGGAAGAACACCUCCAAGGUAUAGAAGAAGAAGCCGCUCUGUAUCGCCUGGUCCCCGUUAUCGCAACAGGCGGUACAGCCGCAGCCGCAGCCCUAUCCGUAGCCGAUCUCCACCAUACAGAAAGAGAAGGUCGCCAUCUGCUAGCUACAGCCUGAGUCCAUCGAGAUCAAGAUCAAAAUCAUACUCAAAAUCUCCCAUUGGGACGGGGAAAGCAAGAUCAGUGUCAAGAUCACCAUCCAAGGCAAGUGCCGGCUUGGUUGCUGGAUCCUACCGGAGAAACGAGCUUGUUCGGAUCCGACAUGAAUCUGAUGGCGGGACCAAACCUUUGAAGAAUAUGAAUGGCCAGAUAUGUCAGAUCUGUGGUGAUGAUGUUGGACUCGCUGAGACUGGAGAUGUAUUUGUCGCUUGUAAUGAAUGUGCCUUCCCUGUGUGUCGGCCUUGCUAUGAGUACGAGAGAAAAGAUGGAACUCAGUGCUGCCCACAAUGCAAGACUAGAUUCAGACGACACAGGGGGAGUCCUCGUGUUGAAGGAGAUGAAGAUGAGGAUGAUGUUGAUGAUAUCGAGAAUGAGUUCAAUUACGCCCAGGGAGCUAACAAGGCGAGACACCAACGCCAUGGUGAAGAGUUUUCUUCGUCCUCUAGACAUGAAUCUCAACCAAUUCCUCUUCUCACCCACGGCCAUACGGUUUCUGGGGAGAUUCGCACGCCUGAUACACAAUCCGUGAGAACUACAUCAGGUCCUUUGGGUCCUUCUGACAGGAAUGCUAUUUCAUCUCCAUAUAUUGACCCACGGCAACCUGUCCCUGUAAGAAUCGUGGACCCGUCAAAAGACUUGAACUCUUAUGGGCUUGGAAAUGUUGACUGGAAAGAAAGAGUUGAAGGCUGGAAGCUGAAGCAGGAGAAGAAUAUGUUACAGAUGACUGGUAAAUACCAUGAAGGGAAAGGAGGAGAAAUUGAAGGGACUGGUUCCAAUGGCGAAGAACUCCAAAUGGCUGAUGAUACGCGUCUUCCUAUGAGUCGCGUGGUGCCUAUCCCAUCUUCUCGCCUAACCCCUUACCGGGUUGUGAUUAUUCUCCGUCUUAUCAUCUUGUGUUUCUUCUUGCAAUAUCGUACAACUCACCCUGUGAAAAAUGCAUAUCCUUUGUGGUUGACCUCGGUUAUCUGUGAGAUCUGGUUUGCAUUUUCUUGGCUUCUUGAUCAGUUUCCCAAAUGGUACCCCAUUAACAGGGAGACUUAUCUUGACCGUCUCGCUAUAAGAUAUGAUCGAGAUGGUGAACCAUCACAGCUCGUUCCUGUUGAUGUGUUUGUUAGUACAGUGGAUCCAUUGAAAGAGCCUCCCCUUGUUACAGCAAACACAGUUCUCUCGAUUCUUGCUGUGGACUACCCAGUAGAUAAAGUAGCCUGUUAUGUUUCAGAUGAUGGUUCAGCUAUGCUGACCUUUGAAUCCCUUUCUGAAACCGCUGAGUUCGCCAAGAAAUGGGUACCGUUUUGCAAGAAAUUCAACAUUGAACCUAGGGCCCCUGAAUUCUAUUUUGCCCAGAAGAUAGAUUACUUGAAGGACAAGAUCCAACCUUCUUUUGUUAAAGAGCGACGAGCUAUGAAGAGAGAGUAUGAAGAGUUUAAAGUGAGGAUAAAUGCUCUUGUUGCCAAAGCACAGAAAAUCCCUGAAGAAGGCUGGACAAUGCAGGAUGGUACUCCCUGGCCUGGUAACAACACUAGAGAUCAUCCUGGAAUGAUACAGGUGUUCUUAGGCCAUAGUGGGGGUCUGGAUACCGAUGGAAAUGAGCUGCCUAGACUCAUCUAUGUUUCUCGUGAAAAGCGUCCUGGAUUUCAACAUCACAAAAAGGCUGGAGCUAUGAAUGCAUUGAUCCGUGUUUCUGCUGUUCUUACCAAUGGAGCAUAUCUUUUGAACUUCCCACAACGUUUUGACGGUAUUGAUUUGCACGAUCGAUAUGCCAACAGGAAUAUAGUCUUUUUCGAUAUUAACAUGAAGGGCUUGGAUGGUAUCCAGGGUCCAGUAUAUGUGGGUACUGGUUGUUGUUUUAAUAGGCAGGCUCUAUAUGGGUAUGAUCCUGUUUUGACGGAGGAAGAUCUUGAACCAAAUAUUAUUGUGAAGAGCUGUUGCGGGUCAAGAAAGAAAGGAAAGAGUAGCAAGAAGUAUAACUAUGAAAAGAGAAGAGGCAUCAACAGAAGUGACUCCAAUGCUCCACUUUUCAAUAUGGAGGACAUCGAUGAGGGUUUUGAAGGUUAUGAUGAUGAGAGGUCCAUUCUAAUGUCCCAGAAGAGUGUAGAGAAGCGUUUUGGUCAGUCACCUGUAUUUAUUGCGGCAACCUUCAUGGAACAAGGCGGCAUUCCACCAACAACCAAUCCCGCUACUCUUCUGAAGGAGGCUAUUCAUGUUAUAAGCUGUGGUUACGAGGAUAAGACUGAAUGGGGCAAAGAGAUUGGUUGGAUCUAUGGUUCCGUGACGGAAGAUAUUCUUACUGGGUUCAAGAUGCAUGCCCGGGGUUGGAUAUCGAUCUACUGCAAUCCUCCACGCCCUGCAUUCAAGGGAUCUGCACCAAUCAAUCUUUCUGAUCGUUUGAACCAAGUUCUUCGAUGGGCAUUGGGAUCUAUCGAGAUUCUUCUUAGCAGACAUUGUCCUAUCUGGUAUGGGUACCAUGGAAGGUUGAGACUUUUGGAGAGGAUUGCUUAUAUCAACACCAUCGUCUACCCUAUUACAUCUAUCCCUCUUAUUGCGUAUUGUAUCCUUCCCGCUUUUUGCCUCAUCACCGACAGAUUCAUCAUACCCGAGAUAAGCAACUACGCGAGUAUUUGGUUCAUUCUACUCUUCAUCUCAAUUGCUGUGACUGGAAUCCUAGAGCUGAGAUGGAGCGCAAUUGCCACAAAUGUCACCAUUGCUGAAAUUCUCAAGAGCAAUGGACUCGCAGUCGAGAAGAGGCAUUAUGACUUCAAUGGUGGACUUGAUUCUGGAGAUUGGAAGACCUGUUCAGAAACCAAAGCCAAAGGCAUUUGCAAAUGUUUUCAUGUAUUCAGGAUCAUCAAUGGAUAUGAUGGUGUGAGUGUUGAUGUCUUCGGGUGAAUUUGUCCUCUUGUUUUGUCUCACCCAUUAGUACAAAUAGAAUGACAUUUGUUUUUGCUUUAACAAAAUCUUUGUCAUUAU